CACCAAUCAGCAUGGCUCUCGGAGAGAGCGGCCGGAUUUUUGAAUCGGCGGCGGCGGCGGCCUCCCUCGAGCCAUGGCGCCAGUGAGGGCCGUGAGGGUGUGAGGAUAGCGGAGGACGGCGCCGGAGCGGCUCUUCUUUCCGUUUAAGCGUGCCACCACAAAACAGUGCAAACAAUGGCUGACAACAGUAUAUUAACGUCUCCUACUGAGAUAACUAACUUGGCAGAUUCUUCUAUUUUUGAUUCUAAAGUUACUGAAACUUCCAAGGAAAACUUGUGCAUGGCGUCUUCUUCAACUGUUGAUGAAGAAAUGCCUCAGGUUGAAACAAGACUGAUACUGGUCCAGGAAGCUUGGAAACAAGAAGAGCUUCUCAAGGCAGUAAAGACUAUUAAGAUAAUGGAAGUCCCCGUUAUAAAGAUAAAAGAAAGUUGUCCUGGAAAAUCGGAUGAAAAAUUAAUAAAAGGUGUUAUUAAUAUGGAAGUCAAAGUGCCCUGUGUAAAGAUGGACUCAAUGGAAGAAUUUGGAAGUUUGGAUUCCCCAGAAUUUGAGAAUGUGUUUGUAGUUACUGACUUCCAGAAUUCUGUCUUCAAUGACUUGCGCAAGACUGACUGUAGAAUUGUUGGACCUCCUGUUAUACUCAGCUGUGCCCAAAAGAGAGAGCCCUUGCCGUUCUCCUGUCGGCCACUGUACUGUACCAGCAUGCUGAACCUGGUGCUGUGCUUCACUGGGUUCAGGAAGAAGGAAGAGCUCGUGAAAUUGGUGACAUUGGUUCAUCAUAUGGGUGGAGUUAUUCGAAAAGAAUGUAAUUCCAAAGUAACACAUCUGGUGGCAAAUUGCACACAAGGAGAAAAAUUCAGGGUUGCUGUGAGCCUGGGCACUCCCAUUGUGAAGCCAGAGUGGAUUUAUAAAGCAUGGGAAAGACGGGAUGAGCAGUGUUUCAGUGCAGACGUUGAUGACUUUAGAAAUGAAUUUAAAGUUCCUCCAUUUCAAGAUUGCAUUUUAAGUUUCCUGGGAUUUUCAGAUGAAGAGAAAAACAGUAUGGAAGAAAUGACUGAAAUGCAAGGAGGCAGCUGUUUACCAGUUGGGGAUGAAAGGUGCACCCACCUUAUUGUUGAGGAGAAUGCAGUAAAGGAACUUCCAUUUGAACCUUCCAAGAAACUUUUUGUUGUCAAGCAAGAGUGGUUCUGGGGAAGCAUUCAAAUGGAUGCUCGUGCUGGAGAGACGAUGUAUUUGUAUGAAAAGACGAACACUCCUGAGCUCAAGAAGUCGGUGUCUCUGCUGUCACUGAGUACUCCAAACAGCAACCGCAAAAGACGCAGAUUGAGAGAAACCCUGGCUCAGCUCUCCAGAGAGACCGACCUCUCCCCUUUCCCGCCCCGGAAGCGGCCCUCGGCUGAGCAUUCCCUGUCUAUUGGCUCACUCCUUGAUAUCUCCAACACACCCGAGUCUAGCAUUCACUAUGGAGAAACACCCAAGUCUUGUGCUAAGUCUUCGAGAAGUUCUACUCCAGUUCCUCCAAAGCAGUCAGCCAGGUGGCAAGUGGCAAGAGAGCUCUACCAGACGGAGAGUAAUUACGUCAAUAUCCUGGCAACAAUCAUUCAAUUAUUCCAGGUGCCCUUAGAAGAAGAAGGGCAACGUGGUGGACCUAUUCUUGCACCAGAGGAGAUCAAGACUAUUUUUGGGAGCAUCCCAGAUAUCUUUGAUGUGCAUAUGAAGAUAAAGGAUGAUCUUGAAGACCUUAUUGUUAAUUGGGAUGAGAGCAAAAGCAUUGGUGACAUCUUUCUUAAAUAUUCAAAAGAUUUGGUAAAAACCUAUCCUCCGUUUGUAAACUUCUUUGAAAUGAGCAAAGAAACAAUUAUUAAAUGUGAAAAACAAAAGCCCAGAUUUCAUGCAUUUCUCAAGAUAAAUCAAGCUAAACCAGAGUGUGGUCGGCAGAGCCUUGUGGAACUUCUCAUCCGGCCAGUACAGCGGCUGCCCAGCGUUGCUUUACUUCUAAACGAUCUUAAGAAGCAUACAGCUGACGAAAACCCUGACAAAAGCACGUUAGAAAAAGCUAUUGGAUCACUAAAAGAAGUAAUGACGCAUAUCAAUGAGGAUAAAAGAAAAACAGAAGCACAGAAACAGAUUUUUGAUGUAGUUUAUGAAGUAGAUGGAUGCCCAGCUAAUCUCCUAUCUUCUCAUCGAAGCUUAGUACAAAGAGUGGAAACAGUUUCUUUAGGCGAGUACCCCUGUGACCGAGGAGAGCAGGUCACUCUCUUCCUCUUCAAUGACUGCCUCGAGAUAGCGAGAAAACGGCAUAAGGUUAUUGGUACUUUUAGAAGUCCUCAUGACCGCACCCGACCGCCAGCUUCUCUUAAGCAUAUUCAUCUAAUGCCGCUUUCACAGAUUAAGAAGGUGUUGGACAUAAGAGAGACGGAAGACUGCCAUAAUGCUUUUGCCUUGCUGGUGAGGCCACCAACAGAGCAGGCCAACGUACUGCUCAGCUUCCAGAUGACAUCAGAGGAGCUUCCAAAAGCAGACUGGCUGAAGAUGCUAUGCCGACAUGUUGCCAACACCAUUUGUAAAGCAGAUGCUGAAAAUCUUAUGUAUGUGGCUGAUCCAGAAUCUUUUGAAGUAAAUACAAAAGAUAUGGAUAGUACAUUGAGUCGAGCAUCUAGAGCAAUAAAAAAGACUUCAAAAAAGGUUACAAGAGCGUUCUCUUUUUCCAAAACUCCCAAGCGAGCCCUGCGGAUGGCUCUCUCAUCGUCCCAUAGCUCAGAGGGAAGGAGUCCUCCCAGUAGUGGCAAACUUGCCGUGAGCCGUCUCUCCAGCACAUCAUCCUUAGCGGGUAUUCCGUCUCCUUCCCUUGUCAGCCUCCCUUCUUUCUUUGAACGGAGAAGUCAUACAUUAAGUAGAUCUACAACUCACUUGAUAUGAAACUUAUUCCACGGGACCUCAUACUUCAAUAAGAUGCUGACGUAAAUGGUACUUCUAAUUAGCACUUGGUGAAAGUCUAAGCAACACUAACCAAUGCCAUUUUAUGUUCUUGAAAAACUACUUUUCUUACAUUUUUCAAGGUAAUCCAUGUAAAAGAAAUAUUGAUUUCGAUGUAAUUUAUCUGUUUGACUCUCACAUCCAAAGUCCCAUAAGUUAAGUUAUUCAUGAUAAUCAGUAACUUUGUAACCUAACAGAGUAAACUUGCUUGGUGGAUGUAAAAUACUACUGUGUAUUUGUAUAGUUUCUUGAAUGAAUUUCUGGAAGUACAUAUUUGUGUGUCACGAUUUCUGCAGAGAAUAAAUGAGAAUGCAGUGCUGAAUAGAAACCUCUGGGUUAAUGCUGGGGGCUUAUUCACGUGUGUUGUUUUAGUGCUUACUUCUCUUUUGCAGUUGGUUUUCUUCUAAAAUAAAAUAUCUAGCAUAUGAAUUUUGAAAGAUAUACCAGUUCUAACUGUAUAAUUAAGAUUGAAAAUAUUUUGAAAAUUGAGGUAAGGACAGAAAGAUGGCAAAAGAUUUGUAUAUGCUGCACAGACAGAUAUUAGUAUGUACUUUUGUUUCAGAGGCUUUAUUUUUAUUUUUGUUCUAGCCACCGUCAAAUCUUGCUUUAGUUUUGACCACUGUAUUGAAUUUUAUUUCAAAGGAGAAGACUGUUAUGACCUGCUUCUAUUUUCUAUAUAGUCGUUCUGAAGUUGCCAUCUGUCUUGGUAGUCUGCGGUGAAAUGCAUAGAUAUAAUGCGUGGUAAACUUUUGAAUGUAGUUCUGUCAUGAAAUGUAAGAUUGGAAAUUUAAUGUCAAGUAUUUGGUAAAUCUGCCAUUGUCUUCUAUUGUAGUAUUUAAGAGUCAAUAAUACAGAAUGAUCAGGUUCCUGUGGCCAAGUGUAUUAUUUCCUAUAUGUUCAAGGGGUAUUGUAAGUCUCCUUGUUACUUAAUUUUCAACAAUCUGCUCUAAUAGUUGGACGAUGGACUUUUUUCUGUACCAUGUGUGUGCACUUCACAGGUUAGUAUAUGACAUUGUUUUGUUAUAUUUUAAAAGCAAUUAUUAGCAAAAACUUUGUAAAUAAAUAGCUUAAAACACAA